GGUAUGCGAAAAAUUUCGGUAUCCGAUACGUACCGUUUCAGUAGCAAAACCGGUAUGUAUGCCGGUACGGUAUUGACUACUUUGCGUUCAACUAUCUGAGCCCGACUUGAAUGACUUUAGGCCAAUGCCAAGGAACCUUUUUGUCGGGGGAGCAGAACAGGAUCAACUAAGUGAAACGGAGGAGGAUGAAAGAACACCAACUGGGUAUGCAACCCAGCUUGAACAGUUCCAAGUUCCAACAGGAACAAGACAAAGACAUUCUAGACCGUACAAUCCACAGCAUGAACGACCUGAAAGGUCAACGGAACUUGCUCGGACAGCCAAGCUCAAAGAGAGAACCAGAGUUCUCGAAAUGGCAAUAGGUAAAAUCCUUACCCACUUGAUCCUUGAUGACCCCCUGAUCCCUUUGUUGAACAGGGAUGCACAACCAGCUACGGUUGUUGCCACUCGAAACUCCCAUGCUCUGAGCAAUGUAGUAGUGCCAACCAAACCAAAGGGAAGUGGGAGGUUGAACAACGAGCCUAGCUCGUCAAAAUACAGCGAAGAACUGAUAAGAAAGAAUGCAGACCUUGAAAGGCAGCUACGGGACGCCAUCAUGAGAAUUCAAAAUGCCAAUGAUGCCAUGAUGUGCAAAGUGUUCCCGGCGAUCCUGAAGUCAACAACCAAAAGAUGGUAUCAUAAACUCCCCAAACAUUCUAUAGACUCGUACUCCCAGCUCGCCAAGCUAUUCUCCAACAAAUUUGCGAGCCAAAGGGAGAUUAAACGCACGGCGAACGAGCUGAUGCAAGUUCACCAGAAAGAGGGGGAAUCUUUGAGGGACUACAUGCAGCGAUUUAACAAAGCUACUUUAGACAUCGGUAAUGUCCCUGACACCAUCUGCUUGUUUGCCCUGCUGCAUGGUCUGAAACAUGGCCGGUUCCUAGAUGACCUGUUGGAAAAUCCACCAAAGACGUGGAACGAAGUCAAUAACAGGUCGGCUAGCUUCAUACUGUCAGAAGACUUCCAGUCGUCCAAGCGACGAGCUGAUGACAAACAAAGCAAAGGCAAUGAGCAGCUACCGAGAAGGGAGGAAAAGAAAAGGCAGAAAGUUAAUGAGCCAUGGGGGAAGCCAGCUGAAUUCCCGAAAUAUGCUAACUACAUCCCUCUGACCUUGCCGAGUAAACAUUGUGACUACCAUCGUGUGUAUGGCCACAAUACAAAAGACUGCCAACAUUUAAAGAACGAGCUGGAGUUCUUAGCUUGCAAUGGGAAAUUAGAAGGAUAUGUCCAGAAGCCUCAUACCCAACAACCAACUCAAAAUCACUUUGUGCAGGGGUAUGAUCGACCUCAGGGGCAAAGGUACCAACUCGGCAACACACAGGACAUGUAUCAAGAUAACCAAUAUCCUUCUGAGCAAGGCAGAGUGUACAGGGGCCGCAAAUUCAAUAGGCGAGGCCAAGGUCAAAGACCUGCCACCCAUAACCAAAAAGACAAGAGAGGAGUUGGGUGCAGUGCGAUACCCCCGCCGUCUGGCACAAUCAACAUGAUCUCCGGUGGUAUGCACUCAGGGGGCCAAAGUGCUCGAGCCUGCAAGGCAUAUGCCCGGCAGGUGAUGACCGUCAACAAAAACAGGCCCUUGAAGCGGUCGUUCGAGGAGGCGGAGUGGGAGAAUGCAGCCAUCACAUUCAGCCCGGUCGAUUACAAGCGAGCAGAUGGAGAGCCUGACGUUAUGAUGCCCCACGCAGAUCCAUUUGUAACAACGGUCCAUAUAGGCAAUCAUAACGUCAACAAAGUCUUUAUUGAUACGGGUAGCUCGCCAGAUAUCCUUUAUUGGAGCUGCUUCAAGAAGAUACAGUUGAAUCCGAGCUCGUUACAGAAGUAUAAAGGGCCCAUCUAUGGGUUCGAUAAUCAGCCCGUCCCGGUUGCAGGAGUCAUUACCCUACCCAUCUAUGUGGGCUCAGAACCGUGCUUUAUGAUGGCUUAUGUUAGCUUUCUAGUAGUCAAGAUGGAGUCAGCUUUUAACGCCAUAUUAGGGAGGGCUACUCUGUGCGAGUUGAAGGCUGUUAUCUCACAACCCCAUCUCUGCAUGAAAUUCCCAACGCCUCAGGGGGUAGGAGUGCUAAGGGGGAAUCAAAAGAUGGCCAGGGCAUGUUAUCAAGAUACAUUUAAGAAGGUUGAGCUCGCCGCAGCCCCGAGAGGCUCCUCCGAAAGUAGUAGGCCGACUCAGCUCAACCAACAGACAAUGAGCAUAUCGGACAUUGAGCAUAGACCUGAGGGUAUCGAGCAAAAAGCAGAGCCAAUAGAGCCAUUAGAAAUAGUUCAUUUAAACCCUGACGUGCCUGAAAGAACAGUCAAGAUCGGCACUAAGCUCACAGAAGAAGAACGAGCAAAACUUUUGGAGUUUUUGAGGGUUAAUCAGGAUGUGUUUGUGUGGACUACGGAUGAAAUGCUUGGCAUUCCAGCAGAGUUGACAGUCCAUAAGCUUAGUACAUACCCCACCAAAAGACCAGUGGUUCAAAAACAUCGCCUUUUUGGUCCAGAGAAGCAAGCUGCCAUAGAUGAUGAAAUACAAAAAUUAUUACAAGCAGGCUUCAUCAAAAGAGUAGAAUACUCUGAAUGGGUGUCCAACCCCGUGCUCGUCAAGAAACCAAACGGCAAGUGGAAGAUGUGCAUUGAUUUUACCAACUUGAAUGAGGCAUGUCCGAAAGACCCUUAUCCCUUGCCGAAUGUUGAAAAGUUAGUGGAGCGGGCAGCAGGGCAUGAGCGGAUGAGCUUCCUUGAUGCCAGCUCGGGUUAUCACCAGGUUCAGUUGGUGCUGGAUGACCAGGAGAAAACAGCUUUUUAUGUAGAGUCAGGAAAAUUCCUAGGGUACGUGGUAUCCAAGAAAGGAAUUGAAGUAAAUCCGGAGAAGGUCCAGGCCGUUCAACAGAUGGAGCCGCCCAGGACUGUCAAAGAUGUGCAACCACCUUUGCUUUCCAAGCCUGCUGAGGGGGAGAGUUUAUACCUGUAUCUGGGGGUUACGAAGGGAACGGUGAGCUCGGUUCUACUAAGGGAAGAAAACAAGAAUCAGAAGCCUAUUUACUAUGUGAGUAAGGUUUUACAAGGUGCCGAGCAGAAUUACCCAUUAACAGAAAAGGCUGUUUUCGCCUUGAGUGUUGAGCUAAGCGAGUAUGACCUCAAAUUUCAGCUGCGUACAACCAUCAAGGGCCAAGCAGUGGCAGACUUGCUGGUCGAGUGGAUCUCGGCAACUGUGGAAGGAAAGGCACCCAAACACCUAGUAUGGGUUUUAUAUGUUGAUGGAGCUGUUAACGUGGAAGGAUCGGGUGCCGAGGCUGUGUUAGUGGGCUCGGAUGGCUUCAAAUCCAAACACGCGCUGAGCGACUCUCAACUCGUUGUGGGCCAGGUGAAUGGUAGUUAUGAAAUCAGGGAUCCCCAACUCGGUCGUUAUGCCUCUGUGGUCAACAGAUUGAAGUCAAUUUUUAUCUCCUUCAAAAUUGAUAAAAUACCAAGAGCAGAUAACCACCGAGUUGACGAGCUGUCAAAGUUGGCCUCCUCGCAGGACCUUAACCCUCAGAGAUCGACAAUUGUCGAGGUACUUGACGCCCCGAGCUACACCGAUUUCACAGUCGAGUGCCAGCUGCUGAGCACAGAUCCUUCCUUACCAAGCUGGACUACCCCGCUCAUGAAUUAUCUACGAAGUGGCGAGCUACCUGAAGAUUCGUCUGCUGCAAAGUUGGUCAGACGCAGGGCGGCACAUUUCACUUUGAUAGAUAAUCAGCUCUAUAAACGAGCAGACUCAAUGCUCUUAUUACGCUGCCUUACUCCUUAUGAAGCUGAAUACGCCAUGAGGGAAGUUCAUGAAGGACUAUGGGAAAUGCUCUCGUCACUCUCAUCCCCCUGGCCUUUUGCUCAAUGGGGAGUCGACCUGCUCAGCCCUUUCGUGAAAGGCAAAGAAGGAUGCACUUACCUCGUUGUUGUGGCCGAGUCCACCAAUAAAAUCGUCUUGCGGGGCCUUAGGACGCGUGUUUCAGAUGCACAUUCUAAUUGGGUUGACAAGCUCAAUAAAGUCCUUUGGUCAUGUCGCACCACACCCAGCUCGGUUAUAGGUGAAACCCCGUUUAGCCUUGCGUAUGGAGCUGAGGCCGUCAUCCCAGUAGAGGUCGAAUUAUCAUCUGGUAGACCAGGCCAGCAUGACGAUCACAGCAAUGAGCAACUUUUGAGAGAGAACCUAGACCUUGUAGAAGAGGUUAGGGAAAUGUCUCGAAUAAGAAACAUGGCGUAUCAAGGUCGUGUAGCAAAAUUCUACAAUAAGAGAGUCCGAGCUCGUCAGUUUCAGGUUGGCGAUCUGGUAUUACGUAAUGCCGGAUUAACUAACACAUACUCGCACAUGGGCAAGCUCGCCCCUAAUUGGGAAGGUCCAUACAUGGUUGCUCAAGUUACCGUUUACAUGGAAUAUUCAAAACCUUAGAAAAUUUUACAGUUGAUUUGUAUUCUUGCUGAAUAUUUAGAGAAUUUGAAUAAUGUAUGAACAAUUAU